UCAUGCUGCUGCCAGGUCCAGAGUCUGUCAUGGGUCCCUGUACGGCCUCCCAUUGCUGCUGUCUCCAUCGCCACACUCUGCCAUGUGCCACUUUCAGGUCUCCUCACACUGCUGGUGUGUUCCAUUUUUUGUCAUAGGGUGCUGGCAGAUUACGGGCCUCCCAUAGCUGCUGCCAGGCCCCUAAUCUGCCAUGGGCCCCUAUACCGCCUCCUCAUGCUGCUGCCAAGUCCAGAGUCUGUCAUGGGUCCCUGUACGGCCUCCCAUUGCUGCUGUCUCCAUCGCCACACUCUGCCAUGUGCCACUUUCAGGUCUCCUCACACUGCUGGUGUGUUGAAUUUUUUG